AUGUCAGUGUUCGAGGCGCGGCAGAAGGUGUAUGCGACGCUGCACGGGACCUUCCACGCUGCGAUUGUGCAGGAGGUGGCCAUGGACGCCGAGACGGGCCAGUACCUGCACUACGUGCACUACGUCGAGCAGGACAGCCGCAUGGACUGCUGGCUGCCCGCUAGCGAGCUGAAGGAGCGGCGGCAGGGGCGCCAGGCGAGCAAGCAGCAGGCGAACAAGCCAAGCGGCGGCGGUGUCACGACGCGAGGGCAGAGUCGACUUGUCGCGGAGAAGGAGGAGGAGGUCCCGCGGAGCCCCGCCACGCCGAGCUCCGUUGCGAAGCGCAACAACCUGCAGAACUGCGUCAAGGUGUCGACGACGCGGGCGCGGAAGGACAGUUCGUUUUUCUCCCGUCCAAAGAAUAUUCACAAAGUAUGCAUGGGGCCCCACGAGGUAGAUGCGUGGUACUUCUCCCCCUACCACCUCGCCCGACCCCAAGUGCAGGAGGGACUGAGGCAGAGCGCGGAACUCUUCGCGGGGAACCUGGAGCUGCGGCUGCGCCAGGAAAAUGACAAGAGUCCAUUUCGCCCCGCCGUUGUCCCCACCUCGUUUGUGCUGCACAUCUGCCCCUUCUGCCUCCACCCCUUCACGGCCCACGAGGACGUGGUGCGGCACCUGCGGCUUGUCUGCCAGCGACACCCGCCGGGGAAUGAGAUUUACCGCGACCCCGUGCGCCAGCUUGUCGUACUCGAGAUGGACGCGGUGGUGGAACCCGUCUUCUGCGAGCACUUAGCCCUCCUCUCCAAGUUGUUUCUGGAGCACAAGGCGCUCGAUCACGACAUGACGCCGUUUCUCUUCUACGUGCUGUGCGCCGUGCAGCCGCACGGGCUGGAGGUGCUGGGGUACUUUAGCAAAGAAAAGCAGUCGCCCGAGAUGUACAACCUCUCCUGCGUUCUCGUGCUGCCGCAGUUCCAGAGUCGCGGCAUUGGGCGGUUUCUGAUUGAGCUGAGCUACGAACUGUCGCGGCGGGAGGGCAAGAUCGGCUCCCCCGAGAAGCCGCUCAGUGACCUGGGCGAAAAGCUCUAUUUAGGGUACUGGGGGGACGUCGUGGUCUCCGCCCUCGCCCGCGCCAUGGAGGAGAACCACUGCGCCACGCUUGACUACCUCGUGCAGGCCACGCACAUCUCUCAUUUGGACGUUCUGCGGACGCUGCAGUACCUGCGGCUGCUAAACGGGACACAGAUUGUAGUGUCGGAGGACAGCAUCGAGCGCUGCUACUCCAGACGGCUGCAGCGUGAGCGGAGUGGGCGCAACUACGUCUUCUACCCCCACCUGCUGAGCUGGAGCCCGCACAUGUACUACGAGCUGAAGGAGCAGGAAAUCGCCCCGCCGAUUUACGUGACGAAGAGCGAGGAGCUGGAGUGGGGUGCCGCCAGCAAGCGACAGCGAGACUUCUAG